AUGGACCUUUUUGAAGGAUCUCCCGAGUGCUCGGGGCAACCCCGUGCAGCGCUUAAUCUUUUCUGGGAUGAGCAACUUGUACAGACAAGCUGCCGAAGCCGCAGGCCAGUAUCAGUGAAGCGGCCAAGCGGCGAAGCGUUGGCGACCGGUCACUAUCGCGCUCCACGAGAGAACCAGGGCAGCAACGCAUCGGAUUCAAGACUUGUUGAUGAAGCGAAACUUUCGACGCUUGUGUCGCAAGAAGCGAAAGUCUUAAGUCGACGCAUAGCCUGCAGCGGGGCUGCAGCUGCGAUGACUCCAGCCGAGGAGGACUUCUUGCUGGCAGCAUGUCGCGUGCUGCAGUCCAUGGAUGAAAAGGGGGACUUUGUGCUGCCAGUUGGCUGCUGGCGAGAGCUUCUUCAAGAGCUGGAGCUGUCGGAGGACAGCGAUGCUGCUUGCUUUCUGAUGGACUUCGUGGAGCCCUUCAGCAAGGGCUGCUUCACUUAUGCUCCACUCAUGGAGGCGUUGCAGGCGCCAGGAGACAACGAGACGCACGAAGCGCCAGCCUCAGCAGCGGCACUGGCAGGCUACGGCGUCAGCAGAGGAGACAUGGUGGAGGAUGCCGUGCGGACAUCAUCUGGCUAUCCGGACCCCUUGCAGAAUACGGCUGCAACCGAUGCUGGACCAAGACCAGGAGGAAGCUCACACUUCCCAUUUCCGACGUCGCCUUCGGGUAUGAGCCCGACCGAUGAGAGGCCCGCCGCGAUGCAGCCUUCGCCGAGGCUGGCAAGUCCGACCAAAGAGGCCUUGCAAGCCCAAGAUCUCAAUGCAGAGGUUGUCGACGAGGCCUUCUGGCAGAGGUGCGGACCCUCAAUUCAACGUCUCUUCUUCCAGUGGGAUUGCAACCAGUUGACAAAUCCGGCCUUCCAGGGGCAUAUGCAGCGGCUACUGGGCACAGGCGUGGAUAUCAGUCAUCCCGAGAGUGAGUUCCUCCGAUUGAUCAACAAGCAUCUGUCUGCGCGCACCAUGAAGUUUGCUUCGUUGAUGUCAGCACUCCGACGCGAUGCACACAACACGACCGCCAGGCAGACAGGGGGCUCCUGCAUCUACGCCGCCAGCUCCUAUGCAGGGUCAGCUUACGAACCAAGCGAAGCUGGCUCGGAGGCGUCUGCAGCUGGCCGCCCCUCGCUAGGCUUGGAUGGUUUCUCGCGCGGCGGACGCAGGCACUUCAACACUCGGACUGAGAAUGCUGUGCUGCCAAAUGGCCCUCCACGGACACUUGGCCGCCUGCCUGAAGAGUCGAUCGCUCAACAGGAGGGCCGUGAGGGACAUGCAGCUGCAAGCCCUGGUCCUUCCUCGCCGGAGCAACAGGUUGACAUCUUUGGCCGAAAGAUCAUGAAUCCUCUGAAUCGGCCUCACUCUCGACCGGAUCCAGAUUCUGUCAGUGUCAUCUCUGCUGCGCAAAGCAUAACAAGCGAGGCGGAUCAGCAGAGAGAGGUCUUCUCAUACCGUAACCGAAACGGUCAUGGGAACAUCCUCGCUUGGGACGUGGCCAGCAGGGCAGUGACUCCCCCCCAUCAACGGCAGGGCCGACACAUGGCAACAGACCCGGAGAAGGGCAUACCAAGGUUGCAUGUCUCUUCGGGGAUCUUCUCUUGA